UCUCUCUCUCUCUCUCUCUCUCUCUCGCAUUCCAAACAUCCCGCGAAGCAAAGACGCCACUCCACUUGCCGUUUCAGAGAGAGUAUCGUUUUGGAUGCCAACGUAGAAGUCAACAUUUGCAGAGGAGAACAAAGUAGAGGAAGGAGGAGGAGAAGAGAAGCGAAGAAGUAGAAGAUGUUUAGAGUUGCAGCGAGAAGGAUCUCUUCCCUCUGUUUCACGCACCCGUCGUGGUGGCCCAACCAGGCUGCCUCCGCAAUCGUGUCGCGGAAUCCGAUCAAUCUCAAUGAUUCUUUCUCGUCGGUCGACUUUAAAUCCAAAGCCUUGGACGAUUACUUUGCUUUCCGGCCUUAUUUUCAUCUUCCUCACAAAGGUUUCUCAUCUGAAUCACUUACCCCAAGAAAUGAAGACAGCAUUUUUUCGGAUGUUCCAGCAACAGUGGCAGCUGUUAAGAACCCCACUUCGAAGAUAGUUUAUGAUGAGUACAACCAUGAGCGUUUCCCUCCAGGUGACCCCAGUAAGUGGGCAUUUGCUUAUUUUGUCCUUACUGGUGGUCGGUUUGUCUAUGCUUCAGUGAUCCGUCUCCUUAUCCUCAAGUUUGUGCUGAGCAUGUCUGCUAGUAAGGAUGUUCUUGCACUUGCCUCCCUUGAGGUUGAUCUCUCAGGCAUUGAGCCCGGAACCACUGUGACUGUUAAGUGGCGUGGAAAGCCAGUUUUCAUCAGGCACCGAACAGAAGAAGAUGUGAAGUUGGCAAAUAGUGUUGAGUUGGCAUCUCUUCGUGAUCCACAGCCAGAUGCAGAGAGGGUCAAGAAUCCAGAAUGGCUCAUUGUCAUAGGGGUCUGUACUCAUUUGGGUUGCAUUCCUUUGCCAAAUGCUGGUGAUUAUGGAGGCUGGUUUUGCCCAUGCCAUGGUUCACAUUACGAUAUCUCUGGUAGGAUUCGCAAGGGACCAGCACCGUACAAUCUGGAGGUGCCUACUUAUACCUUUUUGGAUGAGAACAAGUUACUGAUUGGCUGAGUUUUAUACUUCAAUGAACAAUGGUUUGUUGGUAUAAUUUUAUUAUUAUUAUUUUUAUUUGUUCAAUCAGAUAAUGUGAAAGAUUUGUUGCAUAUCUUGCUUUGUGCCCCCAGGUUAUUUGGUAUGUGUUUAUUGUUUAGGGAUGUUAUGCAGCUUGGUUAUUUUAACUGUUAAUGGUUGGAGUUGCUUUUCAUUCUGAAUAA